AUGAAGCACUGCAUAAGCGUGCGUACCGAAACCUGUACAAGCAAAUAUACCGUAUGCGCACGGAGGAGCAUACCGCCCGAUGAGGCCACAGAACGGGAGAAUCUGACUAACAGCCACACGAUGUUGUGUCGUAACGGGAAACUGGUGAGACAAAUGAACAAGCUGGGGAGGAUAGUGGUGCCCCGCAAAAAGAAGAAGGGAGAAUGGCACUUCUACCAUUUGGAAUACAGCACAAACGUCGGUCAACGAUGCGUACAGGAAGAGAAGAAUAGCUUUAAUGAAAUGUGGAAAACGGUUGUUAGGCAGGAUUAUAUAAAAAGAAUUAUGAAUAUUUUUGGAGAGCAAAAUUUCACUAGUGGAAAUAACGGAGGAGGGACUGUGAGAGCCCCCUACCCUUGUUACUUCGUCUUGGGGGCGGAAGGUGUGGGAAAGAAGUUUUUCAUACAAAAGGCGAAAGAAGUGUUUUUAAGAAAGCAAUCCCAUUGGGGGAAAGUACCAAAUGGAACCCCCCCAGGAGGAGCAAACCAAAAUGGGGUUUCCCACAAAGGGCAACUGCAUGGAGAAGGAGAAGGAAGUAGAAGAAAUAUUUUUUUCGAGUACGACUUUAAAGACAUAAAGGAGAGCGAAUCAGUCAUCCCCUUCUCCGUGAAAUUGCACAAGUUGGAUGAAUUCCUAAGAUACAAACUGAUGAAAGAAGUAAAGAGCGACGUGGCAAGUGGAAAAAUAAAUAUGAACGAUAUUUAUAAGAAUUUCAUCUUGGGGGGAAGAGUAAACGAUAGAGAAGAUACCCUUUUUGCGAAAUUUCCAGUCUUUUUCAAACACAUAUUAAACACUCCUCAAAUGUAUGAUUAUUUGAAUGACCAAGACAGGAAAAACAUCGCAAAGUGGAUAAACUUGUUGGAGAUGAAAAACUACAAGUAUGAUAAUUUCCUUUCCUUUUUAAACAUUCUUUUGAAAAAAUUAAACGUAAAAUGUUUUGUAUAUGAGUUGAAUGAAUUCAGCGCGUUUUUAUAUUUUUUAAAAAUGUUGGCAGAGUGUGAAGAGUAUCAGUACUGUAUGAACAAGACGGAGGGAAUACUUUCGGAUUUUUCUAGUGGUCUAUUCCUCUAUCGUUAUUUUUUGUCCUUAACUAACUUUUUAACAAGUACAUAUGGAUACAAUUUUUGUUUCGUUUUUUAUAAUUUGCAUUGUUUCCUUUUGGGUCCUCAGCCCAUGAGCAAUUUCCACUUUUUUGCCAAAUGGUGCGAAGAAAAUGUGUACAGGCACAAGGUCCCGGUGAUUUUUCACUCCAUUAAGAAUAUAGAGAUGAUGAAGUUUGUGUUCGUUUUUAACAAUCUGGUGGUGAGGCAUGCUGGGGGGGGCACCUUCACCCCGUUCGGCAGGGUUGGACGCGGCGAUAGUGUUGGUCGCGGCGGUAGCACUGGUGAUGACGCAGAGAAAUCACCUCGAAGAAAGGGGAACUCAAUGGAGGAGAGUGACUUCCCCCCCAAUUUUGACGUGACGAAGAAGGAGCUGCAGAAUUAUCACCUCAUAAGGGAACACCUAAUCGAAAUAAACGACCUUUCCUACGACAUGGUCAGGUGUUUAGUCAUUCCUAAUUAUGUGAAGGAUGAAAAGGUGGUGAAGUGUAUUUACGACAUCAUAGGGGGGAAUGCCCACUUAGUAAGAACAGUUUGUAAAGGAUUACAUGAGCUGAAUAGCCAGUUUGAUGAAGAAAAAAUGAGGAAUCAAAUUGAAGUGGAAAAAAAACAAAACGUUACUUACGACAUGGAUGAAGAAGGCCAAAUCAACGUAAGGAAUAACAGCAUCGAAGAAAUUGUACAGCAUCGAAAAUUGGAGCAGCAAAAAGAAUUUUUAAAAAAUAUACAUGAGAACAUUCUACACACAUUUAUCCUUGACUUCGAGAGGAAAGUACGCACCUUCUUUAGCCUCCCCAAUGUUGAGCGGUUGAAGAGGAGUGGAAAGUCUACAGAGAAUGGGGGAGAACAAAAAGUUGAAAGGGAAACACCAAAGGAAGGACUAACCUAUAUUCAAUUCUACUUCACCAUUUUUGAAGCUAUCAAAUAUUUUUUAAAAAAAAAAAAAAUUUUUUGUAAAAAUAUAAUAAACCUGAAUAACCCCGUUUUACUUGGUCUCAUUGACGUGAACAUCAUUCACUAUAAUUAUGAACAUGGGUACCUCGAAUUGACUAACCAGCUUUACGAAGUCCUGCUGAUGAACUACAUCGAUAUGAAGUACAGGCAAUUUCCUCUCAAGUAUAGGGCCCAGUACAAUAUUAACUAUGUGCUUAACUAUAAGAUAAUUCAGCACGAGUUUAACUUGCUGGAGUCCCAGGCGUAG